CUAACACCAACUUCGCUCCAGUUCCCACGAAGAAGACGAAGAGGCGGCAACUUCCGUGAUUCAAACGCUGGAUAGCAACGAACAUCAUCGCUGCCCUGACGACCGCAGACCUUGUUUCAUGCUGGGAUGGAAUCUCCCACGAAAGAUGCAACACCGCACAGAACCAAGAACCGUACCCCUGGUCGAGACCCUGACUCCCCACUUCCCCCCAUCCACGAGCGGUUGGCGUACCUGCGUCCCUCCAGAGAGUUACUGGAGUUCUACAGACAGAAGAUCGCCCAGUUUGACGUGGAACAUGAGGAGCUUCUGCAGAUGCUGGAGAAGUACAGGGGCAUCUCGGAGGACCAGCAUAAGCUACAGUGGGAGGUACGGCAGCGGGAGGGAGAGAUUGUGGAGCUGCAAAACGCUCUGAGUGACAUGCAGGUCUAUCUUUUCCAAGAGAGAGAACAGUCUCUGCGGCUUUAUGCAGAAAAUGACCGACUAAAGAUCAGAGAGUUGGAGGACAGGAAGAAAAUCCAGCACCUUCUCGCCCUGGUGGGUACCGAUGCAGGAGAGAUCACAUAUUUCCACCGGGAGCCUCCUCACAAGGUCACAAUCUCACAGAAGAGUGUUGAGUCCAGAUCAGAGGAAAAUCUGAAUCUCAGGCCAACAAGGUUAAAACCUGCUGUGACCAGGAAAGAGAGUAGCAGGAGAACAAAAUCAGCAGAUGGAGAGAGCCUGGAACAAUACAAGAACGAUAACCAGACAUUGUUACUACAGGUGGAGGCUCUGCAGGCUCAGAUGGAGGAACAAACCCGGCUGGCCAAAGAGCAGAUAGAGUCUCUGAUGGAGGAUCGACGGAUUAAAACAGAGGAGGCACAAGCACAACAGCACAGAGAUCAGGAGCGAAUCACAGCUCUGACUGACAAGCUCCAGCGAACCCAGAACCUGUUGCAUGAGAGCACCAGAGAUUACUUGCAGCUUAAGUUUGACACAAGGGCUCAUGAGAAGGGCUGGAUGGUGGAGAAGGACCGGCUGCUGAGGGAGCUGGACUCCGCCCAAAAUCGUCUGAGGAAGGCUGGAUCUGCUGGUGCAGAGACGGGGCGGACAUGGCAGCCCAGCAGCAACACAGCCCUGCUUCUCCAAAGGCCACAGCCAGAGUCACAGCAGACACACAAGGAGGAGCUGAAAAUGUUGCAGGAAGAUCUGAAGCAAGCCCACCGUCUGGCAGAGAUGUACAGGGAGCAGUGUAUCACUCUGGAGACAGAACUGUCCCAAAUCAGAGAGGAAGGGGAUGUGGGCAGGGAAAUAUUUAAGGAGCGUUCAGACAAAAUGGCCAAGCGUCUUCAGCUGAUGACUCAGCGUUAUGAAGCACUGGAGAAGAGGAGGGCCAUGGAGGUGGAGGGCUUCAAGACGGACCUGAAGCACCUCAGACAGAAAUUCAAAGAUGUAGAAAAACAACUUCUCAAGGCUACUCUGAAUAUCGGACCCAACCAGGACUUAGCAAUUCUGCAUGAGGUCCGUCAGACCAAUGCCAGGACAAAGAAGGUUCAGGGUGAGCUGAUGACACUGAAGGCUAAGAUCUUUGGACUGGAAAAUGAGCUAAGGUUUAGCUGAGACAUGGACUGUGAUGUUUUGUGUCUGCCUACUGAGGACAAUCUGUGUGAGGUUAUGUAUGUUUGUGCUUCUGUGUUGAUAACUGAAACUUUGAGUGAAUGUCAUUGCUGUUUUGUACUUUGGACUAAUAAAGAUGCCACAAUGAUUUUAAAUAA